CAAGUCAGCAGAGGGGCUUUGGAGCAGCCGGCGAGGCACCGUCAAUCCCCUCUUUCUCCAUGGAUUUCUUGGAGAAGAAACAAGUGGAAGCUCCCUUGUUCUGGUUCGAAACCUCGGACUCUGUAUGUCGCCGACACCAGUUUGAACCCGAUGGUCAACUCUCUGUAAUGCUUGUUCAUGAUUCCAGACCCUUAUACCAAAGGGUUGCUGGAUCUUUCAUGAAUAAGUUUUUCCCCUCUGGGUAUCCAUACAGUGUGAAUGAAGGCUAUCUCAGAUACACACAGUUUCGAGCCGUGCAACAUGUUACCAGUGCAGCACUAUCUGUGCUAUCAACUCAGUCACUGCUAUUUGCUGCAGGGUUGCGGCCCACUCCUGCGCAAGCAACUGCUGUUAGUUGGAUUUUAAAGGAUGGAAUGCAACAUGUAGGAAAGCUAAUAUGUAGCAAUUGGGGCGCUAGAAUGGAUUCUGAGCCUAAACGUUGGAGACUACUAGCUGAUGUGCUUUAUGAUUUAGGCAGUGGUUUGGAAGUGCUUUCUCCAUUAUGCCCACAUCUUUUUCUUGAAAUGGCAGGCCUAGGAAAUUUUGCAAAGGGGAUGGCAGUUGUUGCAGCUAGAGCUACAAGAUUGCCUAUAUAUUCUUCAUUUGCUAAAGAAGGAAAUCUCAGUGACCUAUUUGCUAAAGGGGAGGCUUUUUCAACACUCUGUAAUGUUGUUGGAAUCGGAAUUGGCAUUCAAUUAGCAUCUACUAUCUGUGCAUCAAUCCAAGGAAAGUUGGUUGCGGCUCCUCUCCUUUCAAUUAUACAUAUAUACAGUGUGUCUGAAGAAAUGAGAGCAACUCCUAUCAAUACCUUGAAUCCACGAAGAACUGCAAUGGUUGUUGCUGAUUUUCUCAAGGAAGGAAUUGUAUCAAGCCCUGCUGAUCUAAGAUACAGAGAAAAUUUGCUGUUUCCUCUGCAACUCAAAGAAGAUGUGGAGAAUGUAAGAGUGGGAAGGGCUUUGCACAAGGUCAUUAGGCCUUCCAAGCUUCUUGAAUCAAAACAAGUGUUUCCUAAGGAGAAUUUUCUUUUAAAUUGUGGGAAUAAAUGCAUUGACAUGGUGUUGGAGCAAGAUGCUAGUGGUGAAGAUGCAUUGAGAGGGUGGCUAGUUGCUACAUAUGCUGCACAAAGUGAGAGUUUUCCUCAUGAGCUCAGUGCUAAUGUCCUGCAAGAGGCCUAUGAGAACAUGAAUAGUGUGUUUCCUGUAUUUUUAAAAGAAUUACAGAACAAAGGGUGGCACACUGAUCGUUUUCUGGAUGGAACUGGGAGCCGCUUUGCAUUCUAGUGCUCAUGAAUGCUAUAUUGGUUUUGCCUUGCCCAUUUUUUCAAAGAAUUCUUUUGUACUCUGGUUGGAGUAAAUUCAAUGGUUCACAUCACCUAAACGUAAUUUAACUGUAUAUUUUAACCAUUAUUUUUUAAAAGUAAUGUUAGAGUAUACACGAAAAAGAAAAAGAAAAGCAUCUGUUGAGAGUCACACAACGCUUUUCUACGCAAAUUCAUAUGAAAUUUAAUAUAUCUGCCCCCUGCGAUAUCUUUGG